AAGCGCAUCGUAAUGAGCAGAUACAUUUCAAAGCCAGCGCACAACGGCACAUUGUCUCGAUUUCCUAGUAACGAAUAAAAUUUGCAAAUGCUAGCGAAAUACUCUAAGUUAUGCGAGACUGGUGUUAUAACGAACAAACUUGCUUCGUGAAUGCACGCUAACGUGAUUACAUCGGUGCUAAUUCUGGUUGCUGCAAUAGCCGCAACCUGUGCUGCGCCAUCACGUGAAUCCAACGAUAACAACCUGACCAACGACAAGAAAGAACCAACUACACACGAACUUCUCAGUUCACUCGGCCUGAAGAAGCUUAGGAUUCCAGCUGCUCACCACCGAAAACGUCUAGCGGAACAGGGCAGACGGCACGGUAAUGGUGACUCUAGAAUGUACGUCAUUAAGUUGCCACCAAAUACGAGCUACUACAGCCAUUCGGACCCCGCCCCGGCAGCCGCACGCACGUUGCCCUUACAAAUGACAAGCAACGGGAAACCAGCAAGGGUUUACCAUUGGAACUUACCCGUGCUACAAAAAAUCGCCAAAAGCCGACCACAGGCAAGAUUUGAUGAUGAUAUCAUCAAUGUAGAAAGCUCACCAACGUGGCCUAAAGGAGCGAACUAUCACCCGAAUUCUCUAGAAGCUCUUGCCUACUACGUACCAGCGAAGAAACCGUCAUUUAGGAAAUAUUACUCGGGAAAUGGCAAGCCAAAAUCGUUCUACGUCCUUGAGAAAAAUAAGCACUCUGCACAAUAUCACAAAUUGUUGCCAUAAUAUAAAUAUAAUUUGAGACUUUUCUCACUUUGAGAACAUUUCACUUGUAAUUGGUUAUGAUUUAAGAGAGAAUACAUGCUUAUUUUUACAUAGAAACAAUACAUAGCUUCUCUACUUAAUUAUGAGAAACUUAUGUACAUAAAUGAAUUUAACAUUUUAAAUUUAAAUUGCAUAUCAGUAUGCAUAUAGACCCACGAAAUAAAAUAUAAUUUUAUUAAUAGAUGCUUUUAAUGCAAUAUGCAUACAAUAAUAUGAAACUGUUAAUUACUUUGGUUUAAUUGUUCUUUUUAAACCAUCUAUUGUAUUUUUUUAUUUUAGAACAUCUAUUGUAUGCCUAAGAGGUUUUAUUUAGACUACAAUUAGGGCAUUAGCUUUUCAAAGAAAUACUCUAAUUUUAUGAACACUUAACUUUUUUAACACCCUAUUAUCAAACAACCGCUACUAGCAACAUUUGUUAUGUUAACUUUGGUUUUAAAAUAUGACAAAUUAAAAUGAAACAUAAUAAAAUUGUUUUCGAUUUUUUUUAAUAAUAUUACGUUUGAUAACUAUCAAUCCAAUUCAAAUACCUAGUGUUUAUAAUAGUUCUAAACGCCAAGUUAGAAUCAAAGUACCUAUGCCUAGAUAAUACCUAUAUUAUUUGAUAUUUUAAUCGAAAUGUAUUAUAGUUGAUCCACUACGUGUAUAUAGCGGCUUUUUGUAAUAACGAUAAGGUGAUCAACCAGGUGCUUAGAUAUUUUAUUAAGACUGCAAAACGAAUUUAAAUUAUUAUUCUCUAGACAUAAGUUUAUGUUUACGUAUGUGUAUACGCCGCUGCAUUUUAUUUUGAAAUAACGAACAUUAUUCCUUAAAGCACAAUAUUUUCGAAAUGGACACACAACAUCGUAUUAUAUAACUAAACAUAUAUAUAUCAAAAAACUAUUUCGAUCUCACAAUUUAAAAUAUUUUUAAUCUAUCAAAAACUGCAUUUAUCUGUUAAUUCUUUUGUAUACCGUUCAGCAUUAUAUUGGUAAAUGCACAUUACGAUGGUAAUAUUAAAAGAUAACAAGUGUAUUAAUGCCUUUAUUUUUAAGAUUGUAAUAUGUAUGUAGCUUUAGUAUUUAAAUUAUAUUAUUGAAUACCUUUUUUAAUAAAAAAUGUCAAUUCAAUAUUAAUAGCUAAAUUAACAAAUAUUCCGUUAAUACCUACUUAUAAUUACGUGUAAUGCGCCUGCGCUGCUAAAGCAGAAUGCUGAGUUUAAAGCAAAUAAGUGUUGCAUGUUAGAAAUAUUAAUAAUAUGUAGAGUUCUAAUUUUAGCUAUACCAAUUAUUUUAGGUAAAAUUAUGUUUAAAUCACCGCAUUGCAUGAAAAUAUGUUUUACAUUUUAUGUAGAAUUACAUUUUGCCAACUUGAUAAAGUCUGAUAUUAAAAAUCAUUUUACAGUACCUAAUUUUGUUUUUUUCAUUACUUAUUUAAUAUCUUAACCCUUUCGCUGUCCGGUGCACUACAUAUAAGUCAAUGCUCAUUGCUAUUGUCUGACUAUUGUGUCUUAAAACUGGACAGUGAAAUUGUGAAAUAAAUUAAUCUGAAUGAGUUACAGUAAAAAUGUAUUUAUUAUUAAUAAUAAUAAUUAAAGCCAAUCUUUAUUUAGAGUAAAGCUUUAGAUCAUCUACAGUUGAUGAUUUAAUAAGGUAUGAAAAUUGUCCCUUCUUGAAGAAGAAGUUCUUUAUCAUCAACCUGGUCCUCUCCCGUCAUAUCGGGGCAAAAAAGCCUUUUAUAGAACGGCCAACAAGCAGUGCAGUGCAGCUCAGAUGAUAGUAUAAUAAAAUAAAUAAGUAGUAGAAAUGCAACACAGAUAAACAACACUGUGUUUUUAGUUAAUAACAACUAAUCAAACAUAAAAGACGAAGGCCUAAAUCAUUAAUUUAAAGACGAAAAACAUAGUGUCCAAUUUAAAAUUAUCUUCUCUAUUUAUUUCUAUAGCUCUUACAACAUUUGAUCAGCAGAUUAAAAAACAUUUUAUGCAAAUUUCUGGUCUAGUAAACUCCAAAGUUAACAACAAAAAAUAAAAAGUGAACCAUAAGUGAAUGUCUCUUUACCUUGAAUUCUUAGUAAAAAAUAUACCGAUAAUUUAUUAUAGUUAAGAAACUAAAACAAAGCAAAUGUUUGAAGACUUGAAGUUUGAACUCGUUGGUCUGGUUGUCGUAAGUGCGAAAGCGUAAAAUCAGUUU